UUCAAUUCAUUCACAGAGUCAUGAUGAAAAUCUCUAAUACUUUAUCCGUAUUUUUGAUCACGCUCUUUGGAGCGGUAAUAGGAAAUAAAAUUCCAGUUGUCAAGUAUACAAAUUUUACAGCAGAAUUACAGCCUGGUAAUCUUUACUUCGAGAAUUGGUCUACUGAAGUAAGCGAAGCGGGUGAUGUAAUUUCCAUAAAAUCUCCAUUAAAAGCAGAUCUUCCCGACAAUUUGAUGUUUAGAAUUUUCGCCGAUAUAAAUGGUGACCAAGUAUUCUUCUUUGAAAUCGGGUUAUGUGAAAGCUUUGAACAAGGAAUGGCUGAUAAAAACUUACUGGAUCAUGGAUACCCUAAGGAUAAGUUUCCCAGAAGCUGCCCAGUAAAAGCGGGUGAUUACGGAGUAAGGGAUUACAAAUUUACUGCAGAAAAUAUACCAUUCGAAGUACCAUCCGGGGAUUUUAUCGUAAAAUACUCCUUGUUUGAGCCUAACAGUGAACCUUUGGUAACAUUAACCUCAACAGGGCAGCUGACUUAUAAAUAAUUUCAAAUUAUGAAAAAAUCAUUAAAAUUAUAAUUAAAUAAAAAUUAUUAUGGGUCAUUCCAUGCG